GUCGAUUCUCUAGGAUUCCAACGGGGAGAGAGCCCGAGUCCAAAACCAGAUAGCUGCUGCUAUCGCCCAGUAAACCAAAGCUCAGCUGAACGCGGGGACCACUGAUGCGAUGGUCCGUGGUCUUCACUGCAACUCUCCGAGACGUUUACCCAGACAAAAUUGCCCUUCAUCUGGAUAGUCCACCCACUGCGCAAAAAAGGAGUGCAUAUAAUGAGAGAACUGAAGUGAGCCUCAAGCGGCAGUGGGAUGCCUACCGCUCCCUCUCCCAUUCGACUCAAGCUCAGCAGCCACCUCUGACCCCAAUUAACGCCCCCUCAACAUCCAUUCCAAUUAUCGUGUUAAUGCCGCUCCUCUCAUGGGCAUUGUACCUCCACCAACACCGAUACUUCACUCUGGGAAGAGCAAGAUUAUCAAGACAAUCUAGAAGACUAAGUGCCUCUGGCAAACCGCCAGGGGAUGCGUCUCCGCGACCGACCUCGUACUCCGCCUCAAAAGCCUUGGCUGGGAUAUUUGCCAAUGUACUGGUGAACCGUACGUGUGUACCUCUACCCGACCCUGGCUUGCGUGUGUCGCGAUAAGCGACUCCGACUACCUUUCCACAUGAUCGAUGCUCUCUUCUGACAAAGCCCCCAGAACAGGUCCGAGUUUAACGCAUCGAAGUCUCGAUCGAUAUCCUUCAAUGGCUUGAUCUCAGUGCAGUGAUGUGGAUCAUAGCCGGCAUAGUCACCAAAAAUGACCACGUCAAGGAUUUGAGAGGGUACGGUCUCACCAAGAGCAUCUCAAAUGCGCAUAGUCUUACAGUGCCUCACCCUCUGCAGGGGAUUGCAGUGCUAUUACGAGUAAGCUGAAUUCGCCGAGCCCACAUCCGGCCAGCCAUUACGAUGUCGCCUUCGACGUCUUCUUCCUGAAGUAUGAAG